AGCCAGUAGAAAUUCAAACGGAGAGAAUUCUUCCGUAGGGAACAAGCCGCAGCAAUUCAAAACAUUUUCUUACGAUUAUGGUCACUGCGUAGGGAAAUGGGGAUUCAGAAUGAGAAGAAAAGCUCGUCUUCCUCAGCAACUUCACCAUGUGCCGAUCUGAGAGAAGCUUACAACAAUUGCUUCAACAGGUGGUAUUCUGAGAAGUUCUUGAAGGGCCAGUGGGAUAAAGAAGAUUGUGUUUCUGAAUGGCAGAAGUACAGACAUUGCCUUUCUAAACAUUUGGAUGAUACAUGUUUGAGAAGAUUCUUGGAAGCCGAGGGCACUCCAAAUAUUGCCAAUCAUAUUGAUCUUAAUGUCACCAAGGGAGGUCCCUGAUGAUUGCUAGAGUAUAAAUAGUGGAGUAAUUGAAAGGAAGGAGAAUCUCAGAGAAAUUAACUUAGUUCUUUAACAUCACUGUUUCGGGACUUAUUGGGCCAAAACCAUGUCCUUUGUAUACAUAAUGCUUUCUUCUUUUUCUAGUUUAAUUUGAUUUUCAACUUCUUCAGACAUAUCAUGUAGACAUUCCUUAAUAUUAAGAAAGCAUCAACAUGAAC